UGCACGCCGGGAGGUGUGGCGGGGCCGCCGCCGGUGCCCAUGGCCGACGCGGACGCUCCUGGUGCCGGCGGGGACGAGGCCGAGCGGGACGCGCAGUCUCCGGGCUCCGACCCCGCGCUCGGCGCUUCGGGCGACUCUGAGAUGGAGCUGCUGCGGAACCUCCUGUCCCGGACGCUGGGGCUGGGCGGGGAGAAGCCGGAGAAGGUGCUGGAGGAGCUGACGCUGGAGGGAGUGAGCCGCUUCCUGCAGAGCGAGAGAUGCAAGAACGUUGUGUGCAUGGUGGGCGCCGGGAUCUCCACUUCCGCCGGGAUCCCCGACUUCCGCUCGCCCGGCACGGGCCUUUACUCCAACCUGCAGAGCUACGACCUGCCCUACCCCGAGGCCAUCUUCGAGAUCAGCUUCUUCAAGGAACACCCUGAGCCUUUCUUCGCUCUCGCACGGGAGCUCUACCCGGGGCAGUUCAAGCCCACGGUGUGUCACUACUUCAUGCGGCUGCUGCAGGACAAGGGGCUGCUGCUGCGCUGCUACACGCAGAACAUCGACACGCUGGAGCGGGUGGCGGGGCUGGAGCCCGAGCGGCUCGUGGAGGCUCACGGCUCCUUCUUCACGUCGCACUGCCUGCGCCCCGGCUGCCGGCGGCAGUACGGGCUGCCCUGGAUGAGGGAGCGCAUCUUCUCAUCUCUGGUGCCCAAGUGUGAGCAGUGCCAGGGCCUGGUGAAACCCGACAUCGUGUUCUUCGGGGAGAGCCUCCCCUCGCGCUUCUUCAGCCUCCUGCAGUCGGACUUCCAGCAGGUCGAUCUGCUCAUCAUCAUGGGCACCUCGCUGCAGGUGCAGCCCUUCGCCUCCCUCGUCAGCAGGGUCCCCACCAACACCCCCCGGCUCCUCAUCAACAAGGAGAAGACGGGACAGAGUGACCCCCUCAUGUCCCUCAUGGGCUUUGGCUGCGGCAUGGACUUUGAUUCAGAUAAAGCUUAUAGGGACGUGGCUUGGCUGGGGGAGUGCGACAAGGGGUGCCUGGAGCUGGCGGAGCUGCUGGGAUGGAAGAAGGAGCUGGAGGAGCUGGUGAGGAAGGAACACGCUGCCAUCGAAGCCAAAGCCACCCAGGGGGGCAGUGGCAAAGCCGGGGGGGGCAAAGAUGAGGCUGGGGGGGGCAGCCAGGCCCCCCCCCCAAAAUCUGGGGGGGUCACUGAGACCCCCCCCCCAUUGACCCAGUGGGGCUGUGGCAUUAAAUGAGGGUUUAUCACCA